AUGGUUGCACGGUGGUGGGAGAACAAAUUGCAGGGCACCGACCUUGGUUGGCUCCAGGACACCAGCUACAGCAUGAUUGACCAUGGUCUGAUUUAUGCCUUUUUGGAGAGGUGGCACGAGGAGACUUCCAGCUUCCACCUUCCGUUUCGGGAGAUGACAGUCACACUUGACGAUGUGGCCUCUUUGCUGCAUAUCCCCAUUGAUGGCAUGCUCCUGUCCCACGAGUCCAUAUCCCCAUUGGGGUCUAGUACGUUUGAUGCUCGUAGAGAGGUCAAAAUGACCAAAGGUGCACAUUGCCAAUUUGGCUAUUUAAAGGAGAUCUUCAAGGAGCGUUUGAAGGAGCAGAGGGAUUUGGCAGCGGAGUAUGGUGUGACUGAGGAGGUGGAGAGGUUGCGGGACCAGGCUGUCCGCAUAUAUAUGCUGUACUUGGUGGGGAUCACGAUCUUCACUGACAAGAGCCAGUGUACUGUGGAUGUUGUGUACCUGAAGUACUUUAGAGACCUCGAUCUUGUUUCUGGUUUUUCAUGGGGAGCUGCGGCAUUAGCUCAAUUGUAUAAGGAGCUCAACAAUGUUGCACGUUGGACCUGCAGUCAGGUGGCAGGAUACCUGACUUUGUUGCAGGUGUAA